CUUUGUACGUUUCUUAUUGCAUUGCUUUUGUCUCGGGGACAUUAAUUUUUUUAAUGCCUAGCUUGAUAAAUAAUUAAAAUAAAAGAUAUGACGAAUAAUUUGUAAAUAUCUAGUGCUUGAAUUUCAAACGCAGACGACUGCAAAAAAAUCGUAGUUUUGAACGGAAAAAUUAAAAAAAGGGAGUCCGUGAAAAAACCCUUUGCAAAAGUGCGGAAAUCACUAGUGACGUCGUGCAGAAAAGUUACGAAAAGAUAAUAAGAAAUCAUAUAAAUAAGUAGCUACCAAUAGUAUUUUAUAUACAUUAUUGUAGUGUUGAAAUAAAUACAAAAUUAAUAGAAAGUGAUUGUGUUAUUACAUAUAUAAUUUAAAAACAUGGUUUCUGCAUAAUACAACAUAAUAUAAGUGGAAAUUCUUUGUGGCAGCAGGGCGGCGACUGCAAGCGCUUCGAGUAUGAGUUCCCGUAUAAAAACGGAUGUAAAGAAACUAUUCGAGUUUUGGUGUGAAGUCGCGCUCGUACAUAAUGGAGAUAAACACAGUACGCCUACGGUCGGCAGUCAGACAUCACCGUCUUGUGUCAUUGUUGAAAGCUUUCCGGAGGGAUAUCGCGAUGAGAAGACAAUGGCCGAUAUACCCGCCUUUGCGUUUCCCUGCAAAAUCGAAAGCGAUUCUGUGCAAUCGUACUCCUUCGUACUCACAACAGACGAUUCCAAGUGGCGGUUUGGUUUCUGUCGCCAUGAUCCGAAGACGGACACCGCAAUGGUAAUAAUCACAUAUUUGCCAUGGCAUGAUACAUUUUUGCGACUGCUGACGCUGCUGGCCGAGUUGCGGCGCUGUGAUGAGACCACCACAACGAGCAUCAAUAAUGCCAAUGAUGACUUUCGCACUUUUCUCGCCGAGGCGUAUAAUCGCGGUGUGCCCGAUCCGGGCGGACACUUGAAAUUAUUCUAUAACGGCGGACAAAAUUAUUUCGUGUUUGAGCGACCGCUGACGUUUCAAUUGCCCAGCAUACCUGAGAAUCACAAUUUAAAUCUGUAUUAUAAUUUUGUGGAUCCAAAGAAUAUGAUUGCUGUAUUCGCAGCAAUGCUGGCUGAGCGUCGCAUCAUUUUCACAUCGCGCCGCCUGGAUCGUUUGUCGUCGUGCAUACAAGCGGCUAAUGCGUUCCUCUAUCCUAUGGUUUGGCAGCAUAUCUUUAUACCAGUGUUGCCGAUGAAAUUAAAAGACUAUUUGAGUGCGCCCAUGCCAUAUCUGAUUGGAGUGCCGCAAACAGUGCUCGAAACGAUGACAACCGAUGAACUUGGCGAGGUUGUGAUACUUAACUGUGAUACGAAAGUGUUUCAAAGCCCCUUCGACGACGUACGCGAAAUGCCAGCGGAUAUUGUAUCACAAAUGAAGAAACAGCUCAGCCAUUCGAACGAGCAUAUUGGCGAUCGUGUUUCGAAAAUUUUCCUCGGCGUACUGGUGCAACUGAUAAGCGGCUAUCGCGAUGCUGUGGAGUUUCGUGAAACGGGCAAGACCUUCAACCGUGAUAAAUUUAUCGAAUCUCGCCCGAAACACUUGCGUCCGUUUCUAGCGAAAAUGAUGGAGCUGCAAAUAUUUCAGCAAUUCAUUGAUGAACGCCUGCAAAUGCUCAACACCGGUUUGGGUUAUUCGGAUGAAUUCGAAUUGGAGACGGCGCGUUAUGCCGAGAAAAUGAAGAAGAAACGACAUUACGAAUUUCUGAACAAUGUCAAGGAAAAGUACAAUGCGACAAAUCCAGCCGUAAAGUCUGCUGUCAAAUCGGUGAGUGGCAUAUAUGUCAAGGAGGGCUCACGCGGUGUCAAGAGCGCCUACAAAGACUUCAAAUCGAAAUUACGCGACAUCACACCACCGAACAGCUCGCAGACACACUUCCGUUCGCAUCUCACAUCGAAUUCGCAGCACGAUCGCAUUGACGGUAAUAGCAUCGGCGGCGGCAGCAGCAGCGGCAGCGCGUUUGGUGUAGGCUUCGGCUACGGCAAAACCAAAUCUAUUGGUGGGCAUCACUCAGCGCCGAGUUCGCCGAUCUUCAGCAAUAAGCGUACGACUGCCGUCAGUGUGACGGGUGGCAAUCAGGCGACGGCGGCCUCGUUUCAAUACGCCUGUCCAGAGGAUUUGAAUGGCUCCAGCCAGUUUGUGCGACGUGCCCCGCCUCUGGCGAUGUCCAGCUCGAGUGCGCACAUACAGUCGAACGGUUUUGCGGGCGUUACGCAUGGCACUGCUCAUCUUGCUGCUCAUUUGGCUCCGUCUCCUACUAUUAGCCCGGCAAGCUCGCUCUGUUCGUCGGAGAUGAAUUUGUCGCAAGAACUGCAAAAUCAUCCAUUGUUUAAGCCACCACUCGUGGAUCGCAGCCUUAAGCCCAGCAUCAGUCUAGACUCAACCACUCACCAAACUCAUCCACAGCAUCACUACAAUCAUCAACACAACCAUCAUUAUCAGCACAGUCAGUUAACGAGCAACAACCAUCAGCAUGACCACCAGCGAGCGCAAAAUCAACAACAGCAACAGCAACAACAAUAUCAAUACCAUCAAAGGCUCACAGCCACACGCACCGGUGGUCCACCACCAGCGCGCCCACCGCCACCAGCCGCACAUCUGCUGCAAACCUUAAGCGCCGGCCCAACUCUGGGCACAACUGCCAACGCAACGGUAUCAUACUAUAAUCAUCCGCAUGUGCGACGCCAACUAACCGCGCUCACAUUACAUCCAUAUGUCGACACGAAACCACCGCCGGUGCCCCAGCCAUCAGCAAAAGACGAAGAGAAGACGUCGUUGCAUGUCGCAGCAGCGGCAAUGCCACAGACCGCAACGCGCACAUCGACACCCAACAAAAUCGUGACAACCGAUUCCAUUUACGACAAUCCACCAGACAUGCAAUCGCCACCCAUACCACCGCGACGUCAAGGCACCGGCGACAAUGAUGGUUCUGGCGCGGAGAACGCCUUCAAUUUGACACGUGCGACACCGGCGCUGGCACCGUCGGGCGGUAGCAUAAUUACGGGUGGGUGCGGGAGUAAUGCGAUCGCCAUGGCCGCUGCCGCCGUGCACGCGGGCUUGCAACGCUUGGAGCACAAUUGCUGGCAAGACUAUACGGACCGCACUGUAUUGCAACACGAUGCGCUGCGCCAUUCGUCGUCUUCGACUGCCUCCAAUGCUUCGGUGUCAUCGUCAUCGUUCGACUCAAGUGGCGGCUCAUUUGUGUCGGCUGCAUCGUCAUCGUUCUUUCAUCAGGCGCGCUCAUGUGACGAUCACUCAACGCGUACGACAACAGCGGCGGCGACGACGGCAUCGACUGAGACUACACCAGUGCCGGCUCCACGACAGAAAAAAGAGUCGCUGCGCUCACUUCAGCCACAACAUUUGCCAGUGCCCGAAUAUUCACUCAAAUCAGCUGCAGCCUCGUCAACCUCGUCGCAAGAGGAUACCAUGAACGAUCUGAUAUCACUGGACGACAGCAACAACACCAGUUUCGAUUUGGAAGAUUUCGAUCCUCUAAAUCAGAAUGCACGCCCGCUGCCGCUGCGCAAUGGCAAUGUAACGGUGAAUAAUGCCAAAACGAAUGGCUUAAAGUCCACCACAUUGCCAGCUAAUACCAAUAACAAAACUAACAUCUUGGCCAACACUACCGCUAGCACCGUAAGCAAUCCGUUAUAUUCGUAUCACACGCCACAACAUCUACGAUCGCCACACAUGCGCGCACAACCGCAAACACGUGCUCUGACCUCGGCUCAAUUGAAGGCGCCCACAAUGAAGCCACCACCUUUGCCUACCAGCAAACCGCCACCUAUGCCAGCACCAGACGAGGACUUUGAACUGUUGCGCAAGUAUGGCCUGGAUCAGUUCACAUUGACGACCGCACCACACACACUAACAACAACAGCAACAACUAUGGCGGCAAAUGUAAAGAGCAGCAGCAGCAAUAGUGGCGGCGCCAACACGGCUGCCCUCGCCGGCGGUGGCAUGCACAAUUGGACCACAUUCGAUUGAGCUGUCGUAUGGCGACGAAGUUGCGAGCUCUUUGUUCGUGGUAUAUGUUAGCAGUUAAAGUAUGUUUCUACUAUAUUUAAUAAUUACUGUAAAUUUAAAUGUAAAAAAACAAAAACAACAACAAAACUAUGCAUUCGUGUACAUACCAGUUUAUUGCUUUAUAAGAUAUUGAUGUGGGAUCACAUUAGUGUAAUUAUAUAUAUUGUAUAUUUAAAUAGUGUAUGUAUGUCUGCAGUGUUGUCGAAAAUGGAAAUGCCAAGCGCAUAAAUAGAUUAUUUUGUAAUAUUAGUGGUGUGCAUAUACAUAUGUACAUAAAUUUACAUAUGCAUAAAACGAUAUAUAUUUUGUAAUAACUGUAAAUGUGCGUUUGCAUUAGACAUAUGUAUGUAUGUAUUUAGAUAUAAAAGCGCUGUGAUGAUUGGCAAAACACAAUAGCAAACAACAACAAAUUACGAAAAUAAUAUACAUUUGUAUGAGCCAAUGAGCAAAGCGCAGAAUAAAACAUUUUGAGACUAAUAUUAAUUUUUUAGAAAAAAAGAAAUACUAAUAAAUAUGCUUAUUUAGGUUGUAUAUAACGUAGAAUUAUGCAGCAGUAGGCAAUUCACAUUGUAGAGUCUUCGAAAAUGGAACGAUCUAUAGUUCUAGCUGAACCAGUUAAGCAGAUUUUCAUGUUGUUACAACAGCAACAAAACUCCUAAUUGACUACUUUUCAAUGCGAUUUCUUUCGAUUUUGCUAAAAAAAAUAUGCGAUAUCUAGCCACAUGCUCAUUAGUAACAGAAUCAAAUAUAAACAUUAAACAUAUAGAUAUAUGUGUAUGUAUGUAUGUAUAUACACAUCGUUAAAUAAAAUGCAUA